AUGUUUAAGUGGGCGCAACAAAAGCUCGCCGAUGUGGCUGGUACCCAAGAGCCCAUUUACGGACCCACGGCCAUCAAGUCCGUCGCCGAGGAGGCCAAGGAGACUCCCUUCAGCGAGCUCUCCAAGAACGACCUGAAAUGGAUCGCGGCCGACUCAACCUCUGUGGAGACCCAGAGUUUCUAUUUGAUGGCCGACAACGGGCACCUUGGGCUGGCCCAGGUCAUUUACAGCAACGUCGGCGGCAUUCGCACGACCUGCCAGUUCAACGCCAAGAUCUUCUAUCCUGAUCAGUCGAAGCCUACCCUCUGGGAGAGUACGCCUCUCAACCACCAGGAGGUUAGCGAGGACAGGUACUCUUUCUAUGCCGAUGACUGCGCCGUAGAACUGUCCGAGGACGGCACUUACUACACCAUCAAGAGCAUGAAUUCGGAAAACGCCAUCGUCAACCUCAAGGUCACGCGCACCUCGCCCGGCUUCCACGCCGGCAAGACAGGCAAGACGCUCUUUGGUACCGACCUCUCGAAGCCCUGGGGCACGAUGCGCCACGCCUUCUGGCCGCGUUGCGCAGUCGAGGGCACCAUCACCACCAAGGAGGGCCCCGUAGACUUCAAGGGCAGAGGUUUCUAUGUGUACGCGCUGCAGGGCAUGAAACCGCAUCAUGCCGCGGCCAAGUGGAACUUUGUAGACUUCCAGGGCCCCAACUACUCCGCCGUCAUGAUGGAGUACACGACCCCGCCCUCGUACGGUUCGACGACAGUCAGCGUCGGUGGUAUUGCUAAGGACGGCGAGAUGGUUUAUGGCGGUGUCACGCAGACGGCCACACACACCAAGGCUAAGAACGACACAGUCAACGAGUGGCCCGAGCCCGAGGAGAUCAAGUUUACUUGGUCUGGCAAGAACAAGGACGGUAAGGCGGUCGAGGCCACCAUCGAGGGACCGCUAGGCGAGAGGCUCGACAGGGUGGAUGUGCUGGCCGAGGUUCCUGGGUUCGUCAAGAAGAUCGUGGCUGGUACAGCCGGCACCAAGCCAUAUAUCUAUCAAUACUGCCCGACAAAGAACAAGCUCACUCUGAAGCUCAAGAUUGGAGACGAAGAAAUCUCUGAAGAGGGUCUUUGCUUCAGUGAGGCUACUUUCAUCUCUGAAUAA